CCAUCACGAUGAGACUGAGGCGUAAUGUGCGUUGGUGGGCCAAGGUCAGUGUGGCAGCAUUCCUCUUUCUACUAGGGACGUACCUGACUGUUCGGCAGGCCCAGCACGACGCCUCUCUUGGGGACAAGCGGGAGGUCAGCGUCCAGGAGGAUGAAGGGAGCGAGUCCGACUCAGGGAAGAACUCAAUUCCGAGGGCAAGAAAACAAGGGGUGCAGCAUGACAAGCUUCCUGAACCCCCAGGCUACAAGGAUUGGAACAACUACGAGCUGCUAGAGCGAGAAAAGACCCAGGUUGGCCCAGGGGAGCAAGGUCAGGCAUUCAUCCUGCCAGCGGGUCACCAAAGCCAGAAGGACCAGCUCUACAAGGUCAAUGGUUUCAAUGCCCUCGUCUCAGACUACAUUGCACUCAAUCGAACGCUAAAUGACCUCAGGCACCCCAAGUGCCAAAAGAAGGUGUACCUGAAUUCACUCCCCACAGCAUCUGUGGUUGUCCCUUUCCAUAAUGAGCACUGGACAACCCUCCUUCGGACUGCGAUUUCGGCUAUCAACCGUUCACCAGAAUCCUUGCUGGCCGAGGUCAUCUUGGUGGAUGAUGCGAGUACUAAAGAGUUCCUGAAGGACAAGUUGGAUGAUUAUGUAAGGGCACACUUGCCAAAGGUGAAAGUCCUUCAUUUAACAAAGCGAUCAGGUCUCAUUCGCGCUCGAUUGGCUGGCGCAAAGGCGGCCAAAGGCGACGUCCUCAUCUUCCUUGACUCCCAUACAGAGUGCACCACCAACUGGCUACCUCCAUUGCUCGACCCCAUAGCUCAGGAUUACCGAACAUGUGUCUGCCCAUUCAUUGAUGUCAUCGACUUCGAAACAUUUGCUUACCGAGCCCAGGACGAAGGUGCCCGAGGAGCUUUCGACUGGGAACUAUUCUAUAAGCGUCUACCCUUGCUGCCCAAAGAUAAGGAGAACAUGCCCGAACCCUUUAAGAGCCCCGUCAUGGCAGGAGGCCUCUUUGCCAUCAGUACCAAAUUUUUCUGGGAGUUGGGGGGGUAUGACCCUGGUCUCGACAUCUGGGGUGGUGAACAGUACGAGCUUUCCUUUAAGAUCUGGCAGUGUGGUGGUACCAUGGUGGAUGCCCCUUGCUCUCGCAUUGGUCAUAUAUACAGGAAGUUUGCCCCAUUCCCCAAUCCUGGGAUGGGUGACUUUGUUGGUCGGAACUACCGCCGUGUGGCUGAGGUUUGGAUGGAUGAGUAUGCGGAAUUCAUCUACAAGCGCCGGCCACACUACCGUAAUAUCGACCCAGGUGAUCUUUCAGAGCAGAAAGCCAUCCGCGAGAAGCUGCAGUGCCGCCCCUUCCGCUGGUUCAUGGAGGAGGUUGCUCCUGACCUCGUCAAAGUGUAUCCUCCUGUGGAGCCUCCAGACUUUGCUAGUGGGAAGAUCCAGAGUAUUGUAGACUCUAACCUCUGUGUCGACACAAGAUACAAGCGGCAUGGAGACCGUUUUGGACUGCAGGAAUGUGGUCAUGGGGGUGAGCAGUCCUUCCAUUUGACCUGGCAUAAAGAUAUACGGCCAGGGAAGCGUUCAGUGUGCUGGGAUGUCUCCAGUGGUGAUGCUCAGGCACCUGUUUUGCUCUACAACUGCCAUGGCAUGGGAGGAAAUCAGAUGUGGAGAUAUGAUCCGGAUAAAAAGUGGCUAGUUCAUGGAGGGAACCCAAGAUGCUUGGACUGCAACCCAGGAAACCAGGAGCUCUUUGUAGCCAUGUGUGACCCAAACCGUGAUACUCAGAAGUGGAGCUUUGAGAAGUAUGAUGCACAGCGACUGGCCAAGUGGGAUCAGGCAGGACCCGGUUUGUAGUUAAUUGUCUUGCCCGCCCUCUCAUUCUUCCGAACCAUUGUCAGAAAAAGAGAUUGAUUCAUAUUAAUCCAAAAAAUUCAAGGCAAUGGGCUAGUAGCCUUGUUCUCCAGGAAAAUGUGAGACAAGUGGAGUUGUUUUUAACACUGAUGUUAACUUAACAUGGAUGGUUAACCCUGGCGCUCUCUAAUGUAGAUGACCUGUGAUACUCUUAAAAAUAUUAAGGGAAAGCCAGCCAUAGGUACAAUGUCCCCUAACUUUCUUUUAUUUUUCUCAGCUGCAUAUCAUAACUGGUGUGCAAAUGCAGCUGUUUUUUUAUGCUAUAGCCAAGACUUUAUGGUAAAAUAAGUAUGUCUACUUGCACAACUUUGAGUACAAGUCAAUGUUAACAGAAAGUAAAGAUACAGGUGAUUUACAUUUUUUUCUCAAUGUUAUGACAUGAUUUGCAUCUCUUGUUCCUGCUUUAUGAUUUCUUCAUUUUCUUAUAUUCUUGUUAUAGGUUUUUAUUGCCUCUUUGUAUUCUUGUGGUUUGUCUUUUGAUAUCUUAUGCCAUUGAUGAUUUCUUGUAUUCACAUUCCCUGAAUUACUUGUUGGGACUUCUACAAAAGCA